GUGAAAAAGGGUUGUCAAUCACGACCCUCCCUCAUUUCCUGACUGGUAACUUGUCGCUGAAAAGCCGAUGUCAAGGGGAAAAAGCAUGGCUGCCUUCUUUAGGGGAUCUCAGAACUUCUUGCAAAAAUUCAACAAACAUGUCUGCUUUGCAAACGUUUCUUCCAGGGCCAUGGCCUCUAAAACCCCAGUCGGAUUCAUUGGGUUGGGGAAUAUGGGAAGCCACAUGGCAAAAAAUCUCCUGAAACAUGGAUACCCAGUUUUUGCUUCUGAUAUAUUUCCAGAAUCUUGUAAAGAAAUUCAAGAUUUAGGUGCACAGGUCUUGGAUUCUCCAGCAGAAGUUGCUGACCGAGCAGAUAGAAUUAUCACUAUGUUGCCCUCCAGCCCGAAUGUAAUAGAGGUGUAUACAGGACUGAAGGGAAUUUUGAAGAAAGUGAAGAAGGGUUCACUGCUAAUAGAUUCCAGCACUAUUGAUCCUUCUGUUUCCAAGAAAAUGGCCAAGGAGGCUGAAAAAAUGGGAGCAGUGUUUAUGGAUGCCCCAGUAUCUGGAGGUGUUGGAGCAGCACGUUCUGGAAAACUUACUUUCAUGGUUGGCGGAUUAGAAGAGGAAUUCACUGCGGUUCAAGAGCUGUUAACCUGCAUGGGUACCAAUGUGGUAUACUGUGGUGAAGUUGGAACUGGCCAGGCAGCAAAGAUCUGCAACAACAUGCUGUUGGCUAUUAGUAUGAUUGGGACAGCUGAGACGAUGAAUCUUGGAAUCAGACUAGGGCUUGACCCCAAGCUGUUGUCGAAGAUCCUGAAUAUGAGCUCCGGUCGCUGUUGGUCAAGCGACACCUACAAUCCUGUUCCAGGAGUGAUGGAGGGGGUGCCCUCUGCCAGCAACUACCAGGGAGGAUUUGGGACGACACUAAUGGCAAAGGAUCUGGGUUUAGCACAGGACACUGCUACCAACACUAAAACAGCUAUUCCACUGGGAUCUUUAAGCCACCAGAUCUACAGGGUGAUGUGUGCUCGGGGCUUUGCACAAAAAGACUUCUCGUCGGUGUUCCAGUUUCUCCGCGAGGAAGAAAAUCAGUGAAAAAUAAAGAAAUGCCUGUCUGAAUGUGUGCCUGGUAAAACCAAAUGCAGGCAGUUGCUCCAGUAGCUGAUAGAUGGUAUUUUGAAUGCCAGAAACUUUGAAACUCUGUAGGACAUAGUUGUAUUUUGACAGGUAAUGAGGGUGUAUUUGUAUUCAAUUUUUGCCCUAGUUUUAGUGAACAAUGAAUACAAAUUUUGGGUAAUUUUUUUUUUUUUAUUAUUAUUUCAGCAAAGUAAUAUAAAGAUAAAAGUCUAGUGGAGGUAAAAAAUAAAAUAAAAGCAAAAGGCCAAAAAUUUUCUCUGCAACAAUGACUCUAUAGGGUCUGUAUUCUGGCGCCAGAAAUGGCAGAACACUGAAAUGUAUUCAACAUGCAAAAACACUGUUUCAUCAUAUAUACUAACUGGUAUUGAGCCAUGUGCCAUUUUUUCCUUUGUUAAACAGAAACACCAAUUAUAUACAUGUGUGUUUGUUUAUUUUAAUUACAUUUUAUUUUUUUUCAAAUUUUAGUUUUUAUGUUAGUCAUCAUACAUUUUAAUCAGUGGCGUGGCGUGACACAAUCUGCUGGGGUAGCAGAGUCAACACUUCCAUUUCCACUUAAUAUUUACUAUAACUGAUGCAAUAACAUAAAAUGCAGGCAGUGCUAAACAAGCUAAUUCUAUGGUGAACAUUGCUGCUUAGAAGAGGUUGUUACUGGUACCAGCUUUGUAUCUAAUCCCCAGGGGUGGAUGCAACAUUAAUAUAUUUCUAUAAUGAGGACUUCCAGAUUUGGGGAAAAGAAAAAAGAAAAACCCUGUGCUGGCCAAUUCCAGCUGGAUUCGAGACGGGUGCUGUCAGAGGUGCAGGUGCUUUUGAGACACAAUGUCAAUUCUUUAAACUGGUGAGGGGUUUAUAGCAUUUGUUGGCUGAUUUUUCAAGCUGCAUAUUGUAAAACAAAUAUUUAAAAUCACAUGCUAAACCAGCUAUGAUGAACAAGCAGUUUUUUUGUUUAUGUUGUUAACCAAUGCACUGCAGUCUAUUGCAGUAUUUAAACAAUGUAUUUAUUACCUUUGUAACACAGACUGUUUGUAAACGUGCACAAUAAAGCCACAAUCCUUCAUUGAUUUUAAUCAUUUGAACGAAACACAAAAAAUAAUCCAAAAUCAACACCAUCUGUUGUAGCGUGAUUAAAUGUAAACCAGUUCAUUAAAGUCUAAAUCUUGCAUGACUA